AUCAUAUUUCAUAACGAGGCAUGGAGUGUAUUACUACGCUCCCUUCACAGUAUUUUACGAACAGUACCAAGAGACUUGUUAAAAGAGAUCAUACUGGUGGAUGAUGCUUCUACAAUUGGUGAGAAGGAAUCACCGACUCAUCUCGGAUGUUGUUUUGCUAUGUCGGUCGAUACUUUUAAACAUCUUGGUCAGUAUGACCGUCAGUUGAAGAUAUGGGGGUGUGAAAACGUAGAAUUAUCAUUUAAGGUUUGGAUGUGUGGUGGCCAUAUUGAAAUAAUCCCGUGUUCACGAGUUGGUCAUUUAUUCCGACAGACUGCGCCGUAUGGUUACGGCGACGACGACAAUGCAUUUGAGAAGACUGCAACAAUUACUGAUUUGUUUGAUCGAAAAGUAUUGCGUAACAAGUUGCAAUGUAAAUCUUUUAAAUGGUACCUUGACAACGCUUUUCCGGAUAUAUAUCUUCCAUUCGAUUGGCUGGCAUCAGGACAGAUAAGCAAUGUGGCCUAUCCACACAAGUGUAUUGAAACUCCAGUUCAUUGGGCGAAUUAUGGUAAAUCUGUUUAUAUAGACAACUGUAGCAAACAGAUUUUAAUUCAGCAUUUUACUUUAACGAAAGAAAACCAGAUCAGACGAGACGAGGGAUGUUUAAAUGUCGAUGGUGACCGGAUGUUGGUGGUUACACCAUGCGCUGAAUUUAAUAACGAAGGCUGGAUUUACAGAAAGAUAUAA